UAUUGAGGCUGGCAUCACCGUGCACAUGAUGAUGGCGUUCAGGGGAGUCCCUGCCUAAGAGAUACAAGUGUAAAACUUGUAAUUUCUACAGGUAGCGAAUCCACAUACACUACAAAAAUAGAUGCGACUCCGAAUCUAUAUAUUGGCCCUGCAGAAUGUCCAAGAUAAGGCGGAAGGUAACAGUGGAGAAUUCUAAAACCAUAUCUGACAGCACCACCACCACCACCACCACCACCCCCUCCCGCCGACCCAGCGUGUUUGAAAGACUCGGUCCCAGCACUGGUAGUAAUGCUGUCGAGACUCAUUGUAGAAAUUGGUUGAAGACUGGGAAUUGCAGCUACGGCAAUACUUGUCGCUACACACAUGGAACUCAGCCACGAGGCAAGGGAUUUAGUGGAGGUUUUAGUAGGUCAGCAGAGAGGCCCCCUGGAGAUUUGCGGGAGAGGAUGAAGAAUAAGAGACAGGAUGCUGACUCAGACGCCCAGAAACGAGACCCAGAAGAAGCUACAUCCCCUACAGCAAGACAGCGAGAUUCCUCUCGAGGCAGACACAGAGAGAAGGAGGAUAUAAAGAUCACAAAGGAGCGCACCCCUGCCAGUGAAGAGGAGCCCACUGAGUGGGAGGCCAAUCGUGAAGACUCAGAUAACGGCGACUAUGACUACGAGUUGUCCCUGGAGAUGAAACGACAGAAGAUUCAACGCGAGCUGAUGAAGCUGGAGCAGGAGAACAUGGACAAACGAGAGGAUCUUGUCAUCAAGAAGGAAGAACCCCCAGCCAAAACCAGGACAAGCAGCACAUCCAAGGUGCGGCCUUCCCCAGAGCAGUCGAGCUCCAAAGGCUCGCCCUCAUCUCGGAAGUCGAGCGGGUCGCCCAAACACAAAGCCGGACUGAAGAACUCAGGUUCUGGGAAGAAGGACAAGAGACCAUGCGUGUCCUCCCCCACGUCGGACACGGGCAGGUCGGCCAAGGGAAGCCACAGUAAGAAGAAAGGGCCGCGCACCCCCAGCCCUCCUCCCCCAGUCCCCCUGGACCUGCCCGUGCUUGGGAAGAAGCACAAGGGGAAGCACAAGAACAAGGAGAGGUCCGAGGAGAAGCCCAAGGAGGGCAAAGAGAGGGGGCGCGACGCGGAGAAACACAAGGAGAAGAAGGAGAAGCGCAGGGAUCGCUCCGAUAGUUCCCACAAGGCCAAGCGGUCGAUUGCGUCCGAGGAGCGUUCCGUAAGCGUCUCCUCCCCCUCCCGGGAGUUGUCCCCCUCCGCCAGGAAGAAAUCCCAGUCCCCUAAAGGGGCCUCCCAGAAGCCCCCCGUGCCGGCCUCCCCUCCACGCAGGUCUCCCACCCCCCCGCGCCACCAGCGCACCCCAACCCCGCCACGCCACCACUCCUCCUCCUCCCACUCUGGCUCCUCCGCCCAGAGGCACUCCCCCUCCCCGCAGCGCCGCCACUCCGUCUCCCCGGGCUACCUGCGCCAGCGCAAGCCCCCGGCCCCGUCCUCCACCUCCCCGGGCCAGAGGCGCUCGCGCUCCCCGGGCGCGCCCAGAGACGCCGCCUCCCCCCAGGGCAGGGGCAGCCCCGGCCGCCACAGCUCCCAGGGGCGGGAGAGGGGCCGCGGGGAGAGGAGCCCGGCCACCCAGGAACGCAGACACGAGCGCAGAGACGAGAGCCGCGGAAAGCGGGACAAGGACGUCAGCCGCGACGAGCGGGAUUACGAAGCGGAGCAGAGCUCGUCCCGGGAGCCCCGCGAGGACCGCGAGGCGAGGGAAGGCCGCGAGCGCCGGGAGGGACGCGACAAGCGGGACGGCGCCCGGGACCCCCGCGAACACAGGGACACCAAGGACUCCCGGGAGAGGACCGACACUCGCUCCGGGAGAGACUCCCUGGAGUACCGGGACCGGGAGAGGGAGAGAGACAAGGAGAGGGAGCGGGAGAGAGAGAGGGAUCGGACGGACAUCCCCCACAGGAAGGAGGAGCCUGCCCAGGAGGAGCGCAGCUACCCGCGGGGGCAGGGGCGCGAUGAUGGCGGGCGCACGGACGCCAGGGCGGCCGAGGGCCGGGGCGAGACCCGGGGGGAGAGGAACGGGCGCGGCCGGGGCCGGGGGGCGGAGGGUUCCGACAAAGGCUCCGCCCGCAGCUCGCGAGGCUCCCAGUUGGAGGGCGCCCACGACACCUGGGAGUCCCGCGGGGCCGCCCCUCAGGAGAGGAGCGCGGAGCGCGGGACUGAGAGGGCCGGCGAGAGGGGGGCGGAGCGCGAGCGCUACGACGGCGACAGGAGGGCCGACCAGGCCCGAGACUCGUCCUACGACCGCAGAGGGGGUCACGCAGAGCGCGAGCGCCGAGACAACAGGGAGAGAGAUCAGAGAGCGCCCUCUCCCGGCCGGCACCAGGGGCGCGGGGAGGAGCCGGAGAGGGAGGAGAGGCGGGAGGAACGCCGGGCGGAGCGAGGGGAGGACCGGCGGGAGGACAGGACCCGCGAGCGAGACAGGGAGCGGGAGAGGGAGCGCGAACGGGAGAAGGAAAAGGAGAAGGAGCGCGAGAAGGAGCGCGAGGCGGAGAGGGAGCGGGAGCGCGUGAGGGAGAGAGAGCGGGAGAGGGAGCGCGAGCGGGAGAGGGAAAGGGAGCGCGAGGAGCGCGAGAGGGAGAGGAAGGAGAGGGAGCGCGAGAGGGAGCGCGAGAGGGAGCAGCGGGACAGGGAGAGGCAGCGGGAAUGGGAGGAGCGGGAGAAAGGGAGGGAGGAGCGACGGGAGCGGAGGGACGACCCCAGGGAGGAGCGCUCCACCAGGGACGCCCGGGACGAAGAGCGCAAGACCAGCCGGAAGAGACACAGGGUGGACAACAGCCCCAGCCCCAAGUCCUCCCCCAAGAGAACCCGGGACGCCACCCCGGGGGACAGCGACGGCUACAACAGCCCCGAGGAGAAGAGCGUGAGCGUCCGAGGCCCGGCCAAGCUCCGGCCCCUCCUCCCCAGCCCGGUGUGUCCGGCCCCAGGGCACGCAGCCGACGUUGAUAAGCACCGCUUGCUGAGCCAGGUGGUUCGUCCCCUGGAGCCCCUGCGCUCGCCGCCCGGCACCCCCGCGGACGACAAGCCCAGCCGCUGGAAGGACGACGAGCGGCGAGGCGACAAGAGGGACGGCCGCGGCCGCCACGAAGACCCCGACCCCCGAGGAGAGCGGGGGCGCGGCGCGGCGGAGAGGCGGGCGGAGCACCCUCCAGACGCCGGCCCCGGCGGCUCCGACGCGCGCUGCAGGGCCAAGGACCAGAGGGAGCCCACCCCUCCGCCUCCCCCCGCCACCGCGGCCCCCGACGACAGAGACGUUGUGGCCGCCUCCGCCGUCACCCACGAGGAGGGCAAGAAGAAGACCAAAGGCCUGAAAAAGGGCGUGAAGAAGGGCCGCAAGGAGGAUGAUGGGGGACCCCCAGCCCUUGGGGCCACGGUGGGGGACCGGUUCAACCCCGAGCCACCGUCCAUGGCCCUCCCAGAUGGGCCCCCUCCCCUCCAGCCCCCGCGCAAAGGCCCCAAGAAGAAGGCCCUGGACAAGAAACGGAAGCGGUCGCGAGGCGCCGAAUCGGACGUGUCUGAGGAAGAGCCCGCGGCUGCCGCCAUCACCCACCCACCGGCGGGCAAGAGGAAGCGCGGCCCCCGGACGCCCCCCCCCACCCUGAAGGAGCCCCCGCCGGCCCACCGCGCAGCUGGAGCGACCACAGAGCCCCCCUCGCUGCCUCCCUUAAAAAUGGACGCCAACUUCAGCGACUGGUCCGAUGAGGACGUCCUGGAGCGCGGCGGGGAGCCCGCGGCCCCCCCGGCCCCCGUGGAGAGGCCCCCCGUGGAGCCCCUCCCCAGGAGGACCGGCCCCAGGGGAGGAGGGGGCAGGGUCAACUCCCUCCCCAUCGCCCCCCUGCUGCCCCAGGAGCCCCCCAUGCUGCUCCCCACCCUGCCCCCCCAGCCCCUCAUGUCCCAGCCCCUGCUCCGCAAGCCCCCGCCCGAGCAGAAACGCAGCAGCAGCAUUGGCAGCAACCAGAGCCGCGCCUCCGUCCGCCGCCUGCGCUCGCCCUCCAACGAGUCGGCCCACCGCGAGGAGCCCCAGCAGGGGCCACGCUCCAGGAGGGGGCGCAUGCAGGGGGGCAACUCCCGCGACCGGGAGAGGGAGCGCGAGAGGGACCGGGAGAGGGAGCGCGAGCGGGAGAGGCCCCCGGUGACCGAGCCCCCCGCUGGGGAGAGGAAGUCUCGCAUGGACCAACUGAGGAGAGGGGAGCCCAGCCGCAGCACCUCCUCAGACCGGCAGGACUCGCGCAGCCACAGCUCCAGACGCAGCUCCCCCGACUCGGAGCGGCAGGCGCGCUCCCGCGCCGGCUCCUACGACAGCCGGGAGAGGGAGCGCGAGAGGGAGAGGGAGCGCGAGCGGGAGCAGUUUGAGAGGGAGCGAGAGAGGAAGGACCUGAGACAGCAGCAGCAACAACAACAACAGCAACAACAACAACAGCAGCAGCAACAGGCUCCCCUCCUGCCCCAGCCUCCGCAGCAGAGAGACUGGGAGGUCGACCCCCGAGAGCGCGGCGGGGGGCGGGGCCUGAUGAUGCGAGGCCUCAGGGAGCGAGACCUGCGCGAGCGCGAGCGCCUCCUCUCCGAGGGGCUCCUGCAGCACGAGCGGGAGCGCGGCGAGCGCAUGCUGCCCAUGGACCUCCAGCCACACGGGGAGCCCAAGGGCCGGGACCUCCUCAGGCAGGACCGGAGCGACUACGAGCCCCUGCUGCCGCGGGAAGCCUUCGGGAUGGACUGCGACAAGCCCGGCAACAGCCACCACGGGCCGGGGGAGCAGCGGGAGCCAGAGAAGAAGGACGACGUCGACGCGGAGGAGGACGACGCCAAGGUGGACGACGCCCAGUCUGUGGUGUCCGGCGGCGAGGAGUACGAACCGAUCAGCGACGACGAGCUGGACGAGAUCUUGGCGGACAGCGCCCAGAAGAAAGAGGAUCACCAGGACGACGAGAAACCUUCAGGUCCCCUGGACGUGAUUGACGUGGACUGGUCCAGCCUGAUGCCCAAGCAGAAGCAGGAGCCGCGGGCGGCGGGGGCAGCCCUGCUGAGGUUCACCCCGGGCGCCGUGCUCCUCCGGGCGGGCGUGUCCAAGCGCCUGGCGGGGCCCGAGCUCCUGGAGCAAGUGAGGGAGGUCUGCAAAAAGGAGCUGGAGGACCCGAAAGAUGCCGAAAAGCUGUUUGAGCACGACCUGGGAGCCUUGAACAUGGCUGCCCUGAAGAGGAAGGUGGAGAGGGCGGGCCUGCUGAGGAACCUAGGCCCCUGCUGCAAGGCCCUGUGUGCCCGCAGGGACAUCGCCAUCCGCAGGCAGCUGCUGAAGAACGAAAAGGGCCUGACCAAGCAGAUGUACCCCAGUGUUCCUGUGGUGGACAAUGAGCUGCUGCAGCUGAGCGUGCGUCUCUUCAAGAAGACCGUGGCCAGUCAGGCAGCAGGCCAGGACAAGCUGGACUCCGGCCCGCCAGCCACCACUGCACCAGCUGCAGCUACGGCGGCGGCAGCUGCCGUGGUGGUUGACAAGCCCAGCGCCCAGCCGGAGGUGUGCGUCUCCUGAGGGAAUGGGCUUAGUGAGUUAAAGCAUGAAACAGCUAAGCCCCCCCCCCCCCCCCCCCCGCCCCAUAACCCCCUCCUCUAGCUCCAUCUCCAUACCUAGCCUUCUUUAACAUCGGGAGAAAAAACGAAUGGAAAAUGCUGAAACUUUCACAAAAGUCAGUGCUUAUCAUUUUGGAAGCUUGAUCUUCGAGUAAAGCGCCAUAGAGACUACUGGAUAUUCUAGCCUAUGGUGAGAUAGUGGCCUUGUACGUUGAACUAAUCAAUAAUUGACAGGAGAGACAUACACACAUAUGCCCGGAAUGAUGCCAGUUAUUUCGUGCUAUUUUUAUGUUUUAGAGCAGCUUUUUAAUUGUCAGGUCCCCAUUUAUAAUGAAGUUGCUGGUUUGGUUUGUUUCUUAUGUUGUGCAUUGGCUAAGAAAAACUGUGCAUUAAAAUGGUUAGCUGUUCAUUUGUAACGGGUCCUAUCUUUGCUUUGUAUGAGUCAUGCUAAUUUUUCAUGGACGUGUCCAGCUUGUUUUUUUUCUUUCUAUGUACAUGUUUAUGUCAUUGGAUCAUCAGGUAAUCUGCUGUCCAGAUACUGUGAAAACCUGGCGAGCCUUCAAUUAAUGUUUUCCAUGAACCACUACCGAACUAUUCCAUCCUGAAUUUGUUUUUCUUACCUCAUGAGUUCGACAUACUUUCAAAGUACCACCUCACAUGAAUGUAUUUGUGUCAUGGAGUGAUUGGGCAAUGUUUUUGAAGGAUGAACUGUAUUGUUAAUGACUGAUGUGGAACCAGUACAUUAGAGGUUGUGAGACAAACCAAUCUGGUCCACCACCGCACCCUGUGGCCAAACAAACUUGCACUCACCGUAUGCAUGCAUGCAUGCUAUGUUGACUGGUUUUGGAUCAAUGACUGAAGGGACAGACUGAUCUAAUUGACAUAAUCCACUAGAAACUGUAUGUCUGGGUGUACAGACUGGGUUAUACAAGUCAACAAACCUGCAACAUGGGUGGGUGGAAGGAGGCAUUUGAGGACACAAGCUGAACUUCACAAGGAGCACUGGGUUCAAUUCUUCACCUGCUGUCUGCUGGUAAAUCGCCUGUGUGGCUUACAUGAAAAACACAGACUCUGGACUUCAACUCCCAGAACCACUACUGUGUCUGUGAACGCUUGCAGGCAUACAUUUUUUGGCAUGGUAAAAAUGAAUGUUGGUUCAACGUCUCUGUUACUGUAAAAUUCUGCAUAAACGGACAAUACAAUGAAAUCAUUGAAAUGAAAA